AUGGGUGCCAUAGUUUCGCAUCGUAAAGGCCAGAGAAGGAUAUCACGCGCAGAACAGAAAGCAGCGUAAGUUUUGUGUCAAGAUAUUACUGUUGAUGAGUGUACAAAUCGAACACUUCGAGUUCAUUAUGUGUUUAUUGCAGUUCAUAUUUGCACAUUUGCUUUGGGGAAUAUGGCGUUCAGAGUGUAUUCUGAGUGCUUUUACUGACAAUCUUUCUCUUUUAUCUCCAAAGAGCAGUUAAUGCAUUUGCAACACACUCAAAGAAAAGUGAAAACUCAAAGCAGGAACUCGAAGGUAUCUGAAACAGAUUAAGAGUUGUUCAAUUUCACUUGUGAUAUUUAUUCACGAUUGGUGAAUAUCUCAUAACAAUGUACAAUAAGCACAUAAAUAAUGCAUAACUUUACCUUUACUCUCAAAUAAGAAAUUGCGUCGUGCUCUGGGGGUAUCUUGACAUGAAAAAUAAAAUCAUAGCUAUAUAUUAAUCAAUAAUUUUUGCUAUUCAUAACAUGGACUUUGCAGUAAUUAUUGAAAAAGAAACUAUUUUAAAAGGUUUUAUUAAAUGCACAUUACCAUAAAGUGCCAAUUAUCCAUUACUGCAAAAUCUAAGAAAAGUUACUGCUGACGUAGCAAAAAUCAGGUCUGUUGUGUUCACUGUGCUGAAUCAAAGAAUGGAAGAUUUCAGGACACAAACCAUCUUCUAAUUGCCCAAAUUAUAUUUUAUAUGUUUUCUGCAAAUGUUGCUAUUUUAUUUUAAGGAAAUGUUGACCAACAUCAAAAAAAUCAAUCUGCUUCAAAUUUCAACUUUAUUAGCUCCUACCCAGCCACCUGCACCAAAGACCAGUUCUGCAACAUCCAGGAGCAGUCCAAACAUUGCUGUGGCAUCUUGGGGUGAAGGGAUUGUGGGAACAUCCUCUCAUUCAUUAAAUGAUAAGGGUGUGAUCACAUCCAGGGGUGUCCAAAAUGAGGUCAAGUCUAGUAAGGAGAUGUACCCAUCACUAAAACCCAGAACACCAGACUCAAACAAAAAUACAGAGCUGUACACAGGCUUUGCCACAGUCACACCAAUAUCAACCCAGACAGACAAAGACCUGGCAGCUAUAACUAUUCAAAGGUACUGAAAUUCUUAGCUUGGAAACUGCUAGACAAAAAAUAAGAGGUUGUAGUUUUAGGCCAUAAACUUGUUCCACACUCCCCUUGUGACUGAAAAAAAUUAUUUUGGUAGGUAAUUCUCAUCAUUCUUGUCAUAGACAUGUGAGAGGCUACCAGUCCAGAAGGCAGCUUGAACAGGAGGAACUUUCAGCAAGAAUUAUUCAAAGGUAUUUAUUUGCCUAUGUAAAAGAACAUUGCAUUAAGUUUUAUUUGAAUUAGCACUCAGAGUGAAUUAACCAAAUAAUUACAAAUUUUGAAACCAUCAGAGGCUACCGAAAGUACAACAAAACAAAAACAGAAAGGAAUGAUCCUCAAAAGUCAGCAGACAUUGUUAAAGGAGAAGGAGAUGAUAGUAGCAAUGAGGAUGAAAAUAAAACAGAUGAAAGAAGAAAACCUGAGUAUAGGAAGCCAUGGAAAGAAUCAACAGCUGUUGGUCCAGUACUAGACACUGAUGUUAAAAUUGGUGAGAUAAAUGCUUACAUGUAUCAUUUUUUUCACCAAAAUGAACAGAGGGUCAGUCUAGAGGGGAAGGGGCAGCUGUGAGGGUAAAAAAGAAGAGUUUCUCUAGUGGCAAGUGGUCCCACAUUGCUGGAGUUUGUCAACACAAUUUCCAUGAUAUCCCACAAUUAUAUAUAAGGGUACAGCUACUUCAUGUCAGCUUUGUAUGCUACAUGUAAUUCACUCUUAUUUAUAAUUAGCUCCCAAUUUUUUUGUCAUGACAGUGUCCUAAGAGCUCUUGGACUCUUCUUAAGGUCAUUAAGAAAGCUGGUUCUUCAAGGCUGAUUAGGAAUGUUUCCCCUAAGAACACAACACAGUCAGCCUGGUUAGGGUCUAAACAUGAACCUUUUCAUGUUGAAUUCAAACAGCUCACAUAACUUUCAAAAAAAAACCCUUAACUGACUAUGACUUCUCCCAUGGGGCUUUUCAGGGACAAUACAAAAAAAUUGCAAACUGACGUUAUAGAUAAACAUAGUGUUUCAAAUUCUGAACUAGAAGGAGGUAGACCAGUUGGCUACUGUACAAAGAUAUGCUAAGAAGUCAAACUUGGGGCAAAUGAGAACAUUUAAUUAACAGUCGGGUGGAGAGCUUGAAUCCUGUGGGAUCAUCACAUUUUGAAAUCAGUGCCCCCACCCACUCAGCCACAGUUCCUCCUAUUAAGAGAAAUUGGGGUCCUGAAAAUUAGAAAAACCUUUUUUAAAAUGAAAUUAUUGAGCAAGGGGGGAUAGUACAUAGAACCCCCUUGUAUCCUAUAUAAUUGUACUGCACUUAAACUUUGUAUAAAUAUCAUUCAAUUAUUUUUAGGAGAAAAGACAAAAGAGAGCUUUAACAUGUACCAGGAAGACAUUACAGAUUUGAAGUGGAAAACAGAACAACAGGUAAUAUAAUUAUGUGGCAUCACAUCUAUCAGGGCCUUGAAAAAAGGACAUGUACAACCAUAUGUUAACCUUUAACUCCCAGAUCAAAUUUGUAAUUCUUCUUACUGUCAACCAUACAAUUCUCAUAAUGUUAGUUCAAAGAAUUUAGUAUUGGAUCAAUUAAUUAUCCCCAAAUUGAUACUUUUCUUUAUUCUCAUGAUUUAUCUGGUUGAUAAUGUAUUGAUAUUUUUAUCAGGAGAAAUUCUGUCUUGGUCACUCAUGAGAGUUAAAGGGUUAAAGAGAACUGUCUUAAACCUACCUAAUCUCACACUUUGGCUAAAAUUCUCAUUCCCAGCAUAUACCAGUAAUACAUUUAAAUUGGUGUUUAUGCAUGUAGACACAAACUUUCAUUGAUGUGCAAGCUCACCCAUUUGUGGCUCUGAAAUAUUAACUGAAUAUUUUAUUAUUCUAUAUGAUUUGUUACUCCUGGUAAAUUAGUUGGAAAUGACAACAAUGGGAGAUGGUUACACGCCUCCAAGAUUGGUGGUAAGUGUUGACACUCUCUAUACCUUGGGAUUAAAUAGCAACAUUUAGUGAUUAUCAAAAAGUGAGUAUGAUUGGCAAAAAUCAACCAAGUCUUGCUGAGUGAGACUUGGUAUCCUGGGCUUUGUAGAUAUCAGGUUAUGCAUGGUCACCAUGUUUUCAAUCAUGCCCUUUGAAGAAAGGCCCUGAGCACAUGCCAUUGGUAAAAUAGAUUGAAAGAUUCAACAAAUCAGAAGUGAUAUUUUACAAAGGGUGAGAUGAAAACUUGGGUAAUCUGCAAAAAAAGGGCCAGAUUGAGAGAGGGGUCAAUGAUUCAAGGAACAAGCCAUUGGUACUGCAUGCACAGUGCAUCCAUAAGUUUAUAACUAAAAGAGUGCAAGUGGCAAUCUAGGCAAGACCUUUAGUUAGGAAUGCACUUUAUGCUUAUGUUAAGAGCUGGAAAUAUACAUAAAUAGUAAUUAAAAGACUCUGGUAGGGGGAUUUCUAGCCUUCCAUUGCCUCAAUUGAAGGAAAUAUAAGUAUUACGUCCAAAACUAGAUAAUUAUUGAAAAAUACUGAUUGUAAAUUUACAUCAUCUGAAUUUUAAACCACAUUAAGCUCAUUGCAUCAAAUGUUCCAAGAUCUGAUGUUCUAGAAAAGAUAGUGAACGAAGAUGUUCUUAAAUUGAACUAUGUGAGUACAUGUGUAUUACAUAAUUUAUAUCUCAUAUUGUUAUACAAAGUAAUUUAUUUAUGGUUACAGAUCUUGAUAUGGUGAUAUUUGUUUUGCCAGCAAUUGGGUCCAGAUUCUUUUUUUCUUUCUUUUUUUUCUUUUUUUUAAUAAAUUUCCUUAUCGGAGGUCUAGAAUUUUCUCAGGAAACCAGAGUAAAUUUGAUGCAAACUGGUCAUUAAAUUUCACAGCUGUCUGCUGAUCUGCCUGCUUUAUGUUAAUUUACUCUUAUACCCCUCUUGACCCCCAUGUGACUAUUAUUAAAUAUCAGUGAAAGAUUAUUGCUAUUAUAAAUAGUAUUGCUAGUAGAAUUAUUAAGUCCAUUAUUGGUAUUGUUAUUGUUGUUAUCAUUACUAUUAAAUAAAAAUUACUGUUAUUUUUUUUUCUGGGACUACAUUUCAAUUUUUGUCUGUCUUAAUUGAGUGACAAAUUGAAACAUAAUUAAUCAUUUGAACUAUCAAUAUCUGAUCAGUGAGUCUCUCUUCUAUUUGCCUAGUAAAUCGCUUUCCCUGUGAACUUAAGGGAGUUUAAAGGAUAAUUAUACUUAAGUUUUAUUUCUUAAUUUUUUUUUGUUUUAUAGGAUUUUUCCGCAACAACACUUCAAGUUUUAUUAGGUAUAGAAAAAAUCCCAAUUCCAUAUGUUACAUACUUAAUGUAUUCUGUAUUGUAAAUCAACAUUAAAAUUAUGCAUAUUCCACCCACUUGUAUUUUACAUUUUGAAGACAAAAUCAUCACUGCUUCUCAAGGGAAAAAUACAAUUUGUAAUCAAAGUACUUUUUUUAACAGAUAAAAUUGUAGCUAUGCUUGAGGGAUUCCAGAGCAGAAGUAAAGCUCAGUCAAUAGCACUUGUUUGUCAGGUAUAUCCAGUUUUUUUGAGAUUACAGUAAUGAUAAUGUCUCUUGUUUUAAUAGUGUCAAGUUUUAUCAUAUAUUUCAUCCUUGUUAAUUGUCACCAUUGCCAUGUUCAUGCACUGAUCUUGUCAAAUAAAGAGUCUCAUCUAAUUCUUAACAAUGUCACCUAGCAAAAAGAUCAAAGUUUCAAAUGAUCCAUCGUGUAACUCAUCCACUUAGUAAUCACAUCUCAGAUGGUGUGCAAACAGGACAUAUUCUUUCAUACUACUGGUGUAGCUGGCAUUAUGCCUAAAGAGAAACCACUAAGUAAUUUUUUUUAAGUUUACAGGUUAAGAAAGUAAUAUCAUCUUUAAGAAAUUAUUGCGAUAAAUUUCUCAGUUUAUAAGAUCACUAUUAAGUAAUUGCUACUGCCAUUGUUUUAAUACCAGGGAGGACCUGGCUUCUUCAAUCCAGUGAAAGGAAAGAUGUUCACAAAAGCUAAAUUUAAACAAGAUGAGGAGAUUAACAGGUAUCCCCACUUUAUUCUCCAUACAUGUAACUAGCUAACAUAUUUAAUCAGUAAAGUUCUCAGUGUAUAGGUUCUUGAGUAGAAACUUAUGUAUAUGCUGUACCAUACAUCUCAAUCUGAAGAUAUUUUGUUACUGAGAAGGAUUACUACCCAUAAAAUCAUCUUAAUGAAGUGUGAGAAAUAGAAACCCAUUACCAGAUAACAUUUUGAAAACCCAAGGUUUCCAUGUAGUAAUUUAGGAUCAGAAGAAUAGUGUGAAAUAACAGAAAAAUGUAUGAUUUGAUUGCUCCAUAUCUGAUUGAAAAAUAACCCAUGUAUUCAACUGAUACAUUGUUGGAGCUUUCUGUGCAGUUGGGAGAGAUUUCUGCCAUAUCUGAUGCCUAAAUUAACAUCCUGCAAUUUCCACUCUGCUUUCACUUAAUUUUUACAGUUUUUGGAGUAGUCUUGGUACACACAUGUCAAAACUUGACCCAGAACAGACAAAGAUCCACAUUAUUGGCAAUAAUGUGACUGGAAAUGAGAAAGGAGAAAAAUUAUUGAAGUUUCUUUCCAAGGAAAUGCAACCAUCAAAAGUCAAGGUUGAGUCACCAUUAGAAUUUGGACAAGCAGGUGAGUGGUUAUUUAGACUUCACAGCUGGGUAUUCUCUCCAAAUAAUCCAUCAGGUAAUCAAUCUAUGUACUUUAACUGAUUAUGCAAGCUACAUGUAAAUCUGAGUUGUUAUCACCAGAUCUGCUUCCCUCUUGUCUGGUAUGACAAGUUUUCUUAUAAGAUAAAUCCAAGAUUGGAUUGUUUUACUCAUCUACUGGUAUAAUAUUUUAAAUUUCAUUCUUUUACUUUAAGAGACAUAAACUUGUUUGAUAAUGAACCCAUUACAGAAAAAGACCAUUGAUGGGAAACCUUACUCAAUGAAUUCUGUUCAUUACAAUGAAAAAAAAUUAAACUUAGGACAACUAUUUGUUUUUUGAAUCAGAUCAUGUUUAGACACAAAUAACUGAGCCUGACCAGCUCAACUAUUGAUUUUUCCUGCUCUGGUUGGUCCAAAGUGACAUUUUAUCAUAAAAGUCACAUUAAUCUGAGAUGUGGCCCUAUAGUGUAUUGUCACAUUGCUUUUGUUAAUUAUACUGCAGAGAAUCAUAAGAGAAGACUUUUGAGAUGUUGAAAAGUGCUUUAAGUUUUACUACUAAAGUACCUACAAUUAUAUAAAAAUACCAUUGUGCAAGAAAAUGUGAGAAAAUAAAAUUCAAGUACAUGUAAGCUAACUGAUUUUCAUUGUAUUAGUAGUAAGGAAAUUAUGCUUUCUUUUUCCCUUUCUCUUUUUAAUUUUAGGUAAAGAAAUGCUGGCCCUCUAUUUUGAUCAUGACAAGUACAGAAUAUGGAGAAGCAAAAUGCAUUCCAAAGUUUCAUUUACCCUUUGA